AACUGAAACUUGUUGUUGUCAGUGGCGGCUAACCAGCAGGAAGCUAAUUCCAGUUAACCUGCUGAACAAAUGCGAUUUUGUCGACCCAGUUCGAUCAAAGCGUUUUCAUCCAACUGUAACAUAAUUAACAGAACGUGACAGUGAAUCUGAAAAAAUGUCUUCCACACUGACCGAUCCAACCCUUGACAGGAAUUUUAAGGGACACAAGGAAGGAGUCACAUGUGUGGACUUCAGCUGUACUAUGAAACAGAUCGUCACUAGCUCCAUGGACUCGACCAUCAUGAUCUGGAACCUGAAGCCUCAGAUGAGAGCAUAUCGUUUUGACGGGCAUACAGACGCUGUACUUUCUGUUCAGUUCUCUCCCUCCGGUCAGCUGGUGGCUUCUAGUUCGAGAGACAAAAGCGUGCGACUCUGGGUUCCCAACAUGAAAGCUGACUCAACCGUGUUUAAGGCUCACACUUCAACGGUACGAAGUGUCGCCUUUUCUGGUGACGGACAGACUAUUGUAACCGCCUCCGACGACAAAACCGUCAAAGUUUGGACUGUCCACAGGCAGAAGUUCCUCUACUCGCUGAACCAGCACAUAAACUGGGUCCGCUGUGCAAAGUUUUCCCCAGAUGACCGACUCAUUGUGUCCUGCAGCGAUGACAAGGCAAUUAAGCUGUGGGACAAGAAAAGCAGAGAGUGUAUUCAUUCUUUCUAUGAGCAUACUGGUUAUGCCACCCAUGUGGACUUUCAUCCCAGUGGGACCUGUAUUGCCGCAGCCAGCACUGACAACACUGUCAAAAUUUGGGACAUCAGAUCCCACAAGAUGCUGCAGCACUAUCAAGUCCACAACGGUGCAGUGAAUAGUUUGUCUUUCCACCCGGCUGGUAAUUUCCUCAUCACCGCAUCAAACGAUUCCACUUUGAAGAUCCUGGAUCUUAUUGAAGGCAAACUGUUAUACACGCUCCAUGGACACCAGGGUCCAGCCAACUGUGUGGCUUUCUCCACGACAGGAGAUCACUUUGCCUCCGGCGGUUCGGACAAACAGGUGCUGGUGUGGAAGAGCAACUUUGAUGAGUGCGAGGAUCUAGUUAGUGCACAACGUGCUGCUUCUUCUUGCAUGCAAAUUCCAGCAGGCCCCCCGACAGCGUACCCUCCAUUAAACAUGCAGCCAUCUGUGAAGCACAGCCAGGCUACUGCAACGUCAACCAGACAGGACAGCCAUACCGCAGCCCACAGUCGAGUGAGCCAUCCCAACAGAAUCUCUGAAUUAUCUACCGCCCACCACACGCCGGCUCCGAGCCUGUCUCAGAACCCACCUCACGGUAGAGUAUCUCUGAAGGCAUCUGAUGUCGAGGCAGCACCUGGACUCAACAGCACCCUGGAGCACAUUAUUGGUCAACUUGAAAUUCUCACUCAGAAGUGUUGCAGACUUGCUAUGUUAAUGGCGGCUGAGCUAAUAAGCUCUCAACAAGGUUCAGAGAAUUGCAGCCAAAAAUCCCACCUUGUUUGCUCUGUGAUGCCAAUGAGCAACUCCUUAUAAGAUGCUAUGUCGGCUGUGAUGUGCAGUCACGAAUGUGGUCCGAGCAGAGGACAUCAUUCAUACAUGAGCAGAAGCAGCUCUCUGCUUCUCUGACUGAUAGUAAGUGUAAAUCUUUGAUGGCCUCACAUAUAAAAGACUUCACUUUGGAGUAUGCGUGUUUGUGUCUGUGUGAGUGUGUGUGUUAAUGCCUGUAGCUUUCUCCUGGCUCUCUUUCUUGUUGCCAUCCAGCUGCAGUGCAGCAUGUGGGAGCAUUUACACCAGGCCCAGGGCGACCGGGCUGCAUGGGAACCUCUCCUUUGGGGGAGCUGGUGCCAAUCGCUUUCAAGCCGACUGCACCCCAACUCGGGUGCUUCAUUGGCAUCUGGCUCUAUGAUUCUGUUCUUUGUGUUUCGGGAGUUUUCCUUCACUGUAGAGACAUCCGUGUUGAAUUUCCUGUAUAUGUCCAACAGUCUGGAGGGGAUCUAAGGGCUGUGUGGUGGUGAGCAAAAAAAAAUGUUAUUUGUUUAUUGCACAGUUUAUUGUUUAAAUGAAGCAGUAGUUACAUAUUUUAAUGGUUGCAAAACCAGAGUUACAUGUCGAGUUAAAUUAACCUGUCUUUCAGAAAGCAAUGCUCAUUUCACCACUCUAUUGUUCUGAACAUCUCAGACAGCAUGUAAAACGCACUCUUCCUAAAGUGCAGUGACAGAGGCCACGUUUAAUUGGAUCUUAUCAAAUCAAAGACUUGCAUUUCAUUGUACAUUUCUUCCAUUAAACAGCUGGUGUAUCUGGAACAUGCACAUUUGACCUUAUGCAGCCUCUCUGGAAGUAUGUCAAUCAAAAUGAAAAUUAGCUGGAGGUUCUCCCAAGUUAGCACCUUGAUGUGAUGACCUGCAAAGAUGUUAAAAGUUUUGAACUUUGAUGGCUGAGCAAGGGGAGAUUAUAAAUUAUUAAUCUGCAAAAUUCCAGUCGAAGAAUGCAGUUCACAGGGUGUUGAGUUAAGGGUGGAACUCAACCGUUCUUCCACCAAGACGUCACGCUUCAAGGUUUCUCCGAAGAAGAAUCCAAACAAUAGGCUUCUUAAAACCCAAAUUGAGGAGCGACUCCGGCUGGCUUUUGUUCAGCUACAACUUCCAAGAAUACUAAAAUUACCUCCCCCCGCCCCCAAUCUACUGCAGAGGUUGACAGAACAACAUUGACUUCAGCAUCUUGUAUCCAUUUUCCCUCAGAAUUCUUCUCCUGUGCUUCAGCUCUUACUUUUACAGUGGAACAGACAGAGAGAAGGUGCUGAAUUAUUCAACAAAACGCUGAAGCUUCCAAAGGUUCAGUUUGCUGCGUUUGCUGCUUUUCACUUGUCCUUGCACUCCAUUCCAUAUUCCCUCUUGUUUUCUUAAAAUUCAUCGCUCAGCUCUGUCUUUACUCCCUUUUGUACUCGAUCCUGAAGUCUCUUCACCGACGGUUGCUUUAAUUUAGCCACUUGAGUUUCUGAAUAAGACCACAUUCCCUGAGACGAGGCUGAAUACAAUCCAGUUUUGUCACUUUCUUAGUGGAGGUUGUUGUCACGUCUGAGUUGCACUUCGACGUAUUGUGAUGACUGUGUUACUGGUACGUCAGCAGGGCUGCCUUCACUGAAAUGCACUAAAUAAUAAUAAAGUGGGAAGAAAGAUGGUGGGUGUGAUUCUGAGUUGCUUGAAAAUGGGGAAGGUGCAUUGCUUCAGCUCCUUGAAGUAGAAAGGAGUAGAGCUGUAUCGAUCGAUAUUUUUUUUUUUUUGCCACCAGUAUGGCCAUUUCUGACAUCAACAUGAUUGGCCGAUACUUGCUGUGAUGCUGCAGACACGACAUUUCUGCGUGUCGCUACAUGUAUUCUAACAAGGAACAACUUAAAUGAGGGCCACCGUGCCUUCAGAAAAAUUAUGGUACUAGAACAAAGUGGAAACAUCAAAACAAACAAAGACACAUAAAUGGAGGUGGACAUCAAAUCCUGAAAGAAACAUGACUGAGUCUGUUGCUCGCCGAACUCAAGUCGCACAUUCCAGCUGGACAUAUAAAGAGAUCGACUGUGUGAAGAUGGCUGCAGAAAUAGAGAGGACUUUGCUUCUCGUGAUUAAAAACGUUCGUUUUUAUUGUCACCAAUUUAGUAAAUGUAAAAAGACUCCAAUAUUAAUGGAGUUUAUAAUUUUGGACGACCAGCUAUAUGCUAUUGUCAUAAAUCAGAGCUGUCAGUGGCAGACUUUCUCCAACCUCUGUAUCAUAAUGUGGUUUUCACUGAACCCAUAGUCUCAUAGUAUCAUAUAUGGGACAUCCAUCUAAUCUUCCUUUAGCCCAAAUAAUACGCCAUUUCUUUUGCCAUUUUAUAAAAGUUAUGGACAAAUGUUGGGAAGGUGUGACCUACUGAAUGUUUUCGUUGUUUGAAUACAGUUUUGAACAGAGAGGAAAAGUGACCUUCCAGCAUUGACGGACAGUAGAAGAGAGAAGGGCGAUCACAGCCUGCUGUACCAACUGGGAUCCCACUGGGUCAUAUGAAUGGGUGUUACUGUAUGUACUGUGAAAACAGCCAUUCAAUGGCCUUCAUUCUUCCCACAAUGGGGAAAUACGACAAAAUGGAGACCUAGGGAACAAGACGAUGAGUUGAAGGGGAUUGUGAAAAUGGCUUCAAACGUUUGACACUGUAUUUCCGAUUUUGAAAUUCCUUUAAAGGAUAGUGUCACUGUAGUGAGUGCUGGUUUACAGUCGACUUAAAUUGGUUUCAACCUCCUCAGUUAUUAAAGGCCAUGCGUGGAUAUUAUUUCACCCCUGUGAUCAAUGAGCGUCUGAUGGAGUGAACCUGAAAUUCAGGAUAUCACUUUUAAUAGGAUCCUUCACGAGUGUAGUUACCUAAUGUUUACAAAGAUCCUUGCAAACCCAACUUUAAUAGCGAACAGCAAUUAGCCGUAUUAAAGCGCGACUUCCAAUCUGUUUCCUAUUAUCCACUUUGUCUUUGAUUUCCAGUCCAGUGCAGCGGGCGUCAUACCAAAGCUAUGAGUCUUGGUAACAUACGCCAGUAGCGCCGAGGGCAACGCAGAGUAUAAUGUGUUGUGGAGGGAAGAGAAAAGAUAGCUGGCACUAUUUUUAGGGGCUAAAAGAUUUGGUUUCUACCCCAGAUGAAAAGCAUUGGGCUGUAUAACGUUGCUGCGGCCCGGGGACUCGCACAGGAUCACUGGCACAGAACACCAAUAGUUGGGCUCAGGUCUGAGCAGCCAUAUCAGGUUAGAGAGAUAAACAGGCUCGUAUUGAUCCAGGAAAUGGAGACAGGUAGCGAGAAGGCAAAAGGAAACACUAGCCCUCGCCCCACAGAGAUGGAGUGGCAGAUGUUUCUGGUUUGACCACUUGUGAGAAGACUUAGCCUCACUUCUGUAGGACUGGGUGAUUUCUCACGGCUCAGUUCGCUGUUUUGAGGUGACAAGAAUAACUUCAUAAAGCUUUUGACAUUGUGGUGCUUUCCAGGAAGAAACAAAUGUGCUCCGAAAAUGUGUUCAGUUCUUCUAAUCUUGAUUGUAGAACCUGGGCUCGCAGAAAUGUUUUGCACAGGAUUCCAAAGAAUCAAAACUUUUUAUCGAAGCCUUCCAAAUGACUUUUUUGAAUAUAUAAUAAAUAUAAAUCUAUCACUCUUUACCCAUUUUUACUCAUUUCCACAUGUCUGGAUAGAUACGAUACUGUUCUGCGUGUUUUUUUUUGUUUUUUUUUAAACCGUGAGAAGACUCCAUAACUUUUGUCAACAUUUGCAGUCCGUUUGCUGCAUUUUAAGGUGCUCAUUUUACAGAAUACAGCAGAUGUUUUGUCUUACCCACAACGUUAUUUUUUGUCUGGCCCCUGGCAUGAAAGAUUUAUGAAGGCCAGUUUUUGUUUAAUCAUGGAAAUGCCUUUUUCAUUUCAAAAUAAGAAAUCACUGUAUGAACAGUUUAGCCUUGAAAUAUAAAUAACCUAGAAUGAAAUAUAAUAAAUGUUUAAAUGAUUGUUUUUUAGGUUUAUUACAUUAAAUACAGUAUUCAUCAAUCCAACCAUCCACACAUCCUCAACCGCUUAUCCGUUGCCAGGUCACAGGUCGCAUGUUUUUACAUAAUCCCCUUUGUAAAAAAAAUACUUAUGAUAAAUAACCUCGUCCCCAAUACGUUCCCCUCCUAAAACGCAAUGACUUACUGGACGACGUGCUUUGUAAUAAAAAAGCUGUAAACAUCUAUUUGUACAAAAAAAUGACUUGAUAACCAACAAGUAAACAUGACUCAAAUAACAAAUGUUAGCUGUAAAAGCUGCAAAAACUUUGAUGCAUUAAGAUUCACACAGAUUCCAAGAGUCUGGAAACCAGUGAGACAAAGACAAUGUUGCAAACCGACCAAUCUUCAGAUGCUUCAUACUUGCUGUCUACUUACUAUCAAUGUACAUUUGAGCCACUUAGUUUCACUGUGGUUCUCUGUCUUCAAGGUCGAAAGCAGCAGCCAGCGCUGGUCCAUGUUGCAUCAACGGGUUUUGACCAGUGAAAUGCAACUCAUGGUUAGCAUUUAGAUUUGAGUGGCAGAAGAACAUGGCGAGUCGAUGAAUCUUUUUUCAGCGACCUUACACAGAAGAAAACGUUGUACGUCCUGUAUUCUUAAGCAGUUCCCCCUACAAGACCUGUGCGGGUUGUCCGCCCUCUCUCUCACCCAAGCAGCUGAGAUAGGCUCCAGCUCCAUGCGACUCAAGUCUGGUUCUGAAGUCUGGCUCCUUUGUCUCCAAAUCUUGGAUUUGUAAGUAAAACUGGCUUGACUAAGCAGACCCUGGACCAAGUCUGUAUUGUGAAACGCUCUAUGGACAUACAUGGCACACAGACAGAGUCGAUAGAGGAAACCUGGGCUGCCAGUACUGGAACCAGGCUAAGCCUCAACCCUGCAUUCUUGGUCAGAAAUGGCCUCAGCAAUGGUUUGAAUGAUGUCUUUGCAUUGAUAGUUUCAUGAUGUUUGAUCGCUCACAAAUCUCAAAACAGACACCUGGUCCAAAGCAUUUUUUCUUUCUUCCCGUCGUGUGUGAUGAUGCCUGUGUUUGUGUUGGAUAGCAGAGCGAGUGCGUGCUAGACACACAGAGACGCUGCUGUUUUCAUUUCAUGCAGCAAAUUUCUCGACAAUAAUCAACUGGAUUGUUGUGUGGAUGAACAACAUCUGCCUGAAACGUACAAACUGCCUCUUUCACACGCACAAACGCUGCCAUUAUGUGGUGGUUACUGUCAGGCUGACGCCGCGCAGCUUCUCUAAUAUGCGCUUUUCUUUAUUGUCCAUCUCCAUCCGUGUUUCCGCCCUCUUGCUCUGUCACUUCAUUCAUCGCCCCCUCACUCACUCCAGCCUUCUCCGCC